CCCCCUCCAUCUCCAGGCCUCCCAGCAGCCCUCAGGCAUCGGAGGCGUGGCCGUAGGCGGAGCAGCGGGCGCGGCCGGGGCCCAGGCUGGCCUUGGCGCCGUCGGAACGGGCCCGGGGGCGGCGCCCCCCACGGCCGACCCGGAGAAGCGCAAGCUGAUCCAGCAGCAGCUGGUGCUGCUCCUCCACGCCCACAAGUGCCAGCGGCGGGAGCAGGCCAACGGGGAGGUGCGCCAGUGCAACCUGCCCCACUGUCGCACCAUGAAGAACGUCCUCAACCACAUGACCCACUGCCAGGCCGGCAAGUCCUGCCAGGUGGCGCACUGUGCCUCAUCCAGACAGAUCAUCUCCCAUUGGAAGAACUGCACGCGACACGACUGUCCUGUCUGCCUUCCGCUAAAGAACGCUGGAGACAAGCGGAACCAGCAGUCCCUCCUAAGUAGUGCAGGGGUAAGCCUGGGCUCCCUCGGAACCGUACCUGGGGGCCAGCCCAGCACCCCCAACUUGAACCCCCCCAGCCAGAUCGACCCCAGUUCCAUCAAGCGGGCCUACGCAGCCCUGGGCCUCACCUACCAGGGCAACCAGAUGCCUCAGCAGCCCCCCCAGGGCAACAUGGCCAACCAGGGCCUGCCUGGCCAGCCUGGCAUGAGGUCCCUCAACACCAUGGGAGGGAACCCCAUGGGAGUGAAUGGUGGGGUGCAGCAGCCCAACCAACAGUCCAACCUGCUCCCAGACGCCAUGCUGCACAACAGCAUGAACGCACAGAGUUUGAUGAAUGACAGUGGGGUGGGCAGUCUGGGCUCCAUGCCCACGGCAACCCCUCCUUCAGCAGCGGGCAUGAGGAAGUCCUGGCAUGAGGACAUCACCCAGGACCUGCGCAACCACCUCGUCCAUAAGCUUGUGCAGGCCAUCUUCCCCACCCCGGACCCGGCUGCGCUGAAGGACCGGCGCAUGGAGAACCUGGUGGCCUACGCCAGGAAGGUGGAGGGGGACAUGUACGAGUCAGCCAACAGCAGGGAUGAGUACUACCACCUGUUAGCCAAGGAGAUCUAUAAGAUCCAGAAUGAGCUGGAGGAGAAGAGGAAGACUCGGCUGCAGAAGCAGGACAUGAGUUGAUCAGACGCCACUUAUAUGUUUGAUAAUUUCCUGAUAAUUAUCCAUUAGUGUUUUUUCUGCACAAAUCAAUCAUUCAUUUGAACACUAUUCUCAUCCCUCAUAUUGUUCAUAUGACUCAUCAUGGACAUGCUCUCAGUUUGGAACAAAUUAUUUGUGAUGCACUUGUUUUUUGUCAACGGGAGUUCUCCACAUAACAUUACUGACGCUGAGCAUAUUUCCAAGGCCGGGCUUGGGCCGGGUCUGUCGUACUGUUAGAAAUGUGACUCUUGUUCUGACUCUUGCACUGAAAUGUUUUCUGAAUAGUUUUGUACUGUUUCCCAAUCACUGACCCACAAGACACAUCAAAAAAGAAUUCCAUAGAAUUGCAGUUGCCAGUUUAAGCAUUCAUUUAUUUAUGUAGUAUUGAUUUGAGACUUGAUGCACUAAUCAGUUAAUUUGAUAUAUUUUAGGAUUUCCAGGUGUGAUUGGCUACAUAGAUGGCACUUAAAUUCCUAUCACAGCUCCAUCAGUAAAUUAAGGAGAUUAUGUGAAUAGGAAGUGUUGGGAUGAUGUCAUGAUGGCUGGAAAGAUGGACAACAUUUUAAAAGGGUUGACUUGGUUUAUUAGAGUGAGCUUGGAUCAUUUAAACCAGUCCAGGCAAAGUGGUCACAUGAGUGAGGCCAUGAGUUACAGAAGGCCUUAUAUACAAUGCAGUAUAGUGGGUCAAAUAUAGUUUCCAUAUACAUUUUCCUUACAGGGCACAGCAUGUGGUCCGCAUAUUUGUAUUCUUGACAGGUCAUACCUGACAGAACUCAUCAGUGUGUUGCCCAAUACUCUCUACUCUCUGGCUCCUGCCUGUCUCUAGCAAGAGGCCCUGACCAGUAAAUGUAGCACCUAAAUAGUAGCAUUAGCAUUCUAAAUGAAAGAUACUUCACAAUACAGCAACUGCAGCUUCAUACUCCAACCCACAUCAUCAGCAACGUGGAAGUGUCCUGGGUCUGUGAAUGAUUCGCAAAUAUUUUGUGAGUGUACACUGACCGCUAGAUUUGCUCUUGGUGAAUUUCUAUAUAUAUAUCCUAUUAUAAUGUAUAUUUUGUUUCCUCCUAUUGCAACUGAAAAUGCAAACUGUAUCCUCGUAUUAUCAUGGGAGAUUUUGAUGGUUACCUGCUUGGUGACAGAGGGUACUGUGGAGGAUUUCCUGUGUACUUACAUUAUUCACCAAUCAAUAGAACUAGUUAUUGGAUACUAGUUAAUAUGUUUGCUACUAACAAGUGUAGAUUGUGUCUAUGUGCCAGGCUGAAUAGAUGUUCGGCGUCAGGAGAAAGUACUGGGUAAACGUCCCUUGUGAUGACUACAAGGAGAGCUCCAACUAUGAUCCCUCUCUGCCCUGAGAGUGGUCAAUAGCGGGGAGCUGUGAAUUUAUUUCUCUUUGAUUGUUGUAACAUCAUUACUGCCUAAUUGUCACUAUCUAUGUUUACAUUCUUGUGCCCUAUAAAAGAUGGUCCUCCAGCCUUCAGAGCUGAGAGAGACAUGA